CCAUGUUGUGGUCAUAUUCAUGUCUCAUCAAAAAGCUAUCUUCUACCAAACUUUCAUCAAUGUUCAUUGCAUCAGGGAGUAUUAAGCUUGUAACUACUCCUAUAUAAGGCGUUCAUUAGUAUUGUUGGUUCGACAAACACAAGUGUUCAUAAACAUUUCAAGCUUCUUUUGCUUUAAAACUAGCAUUUCCAAUUUCAAAUUCAUCAGUCUAGAGAGAAAUGGCGAUCCGUCUGCCUCGUAUUAUUCAAGCUAAGCAACUCCUGAAGCGGUCUAGUUCUUUCGGAUCAAACUACCUGCAGGCCACUCCUUCAGCUUCAGUAGAUGUUCCAAAGGGAUAUUGUGCGGUCUAUGUUGGAGAAAGUGAUGAGAAGAAGCGAUACAUUAUUCCCAUUGCUUACCUGAACCAGCCUUCCUUCCAAGAAUUGUUAAGCCAAGCUGAGGACGAAUUUGGUUAUGCUCAUCCGAUGGGAGGUUUGACCAUCCCUUGCAGAGAACAAAUGUUCAUUGAUCUAGCUUCCCGUUUGAGUAGGAAGGUAUUUUAGUGUGUGUGUGUGUGUGUGUGUGGGGGGG